AUGAUGCACGACGAGCCGCCGCAACCGCUGCACGAGCAGCCACCGCAGCCGCAGCACGAGCACAAGCUCGAGGUCACGGACGACGUGCGCCACGACGCCGAAGACGACGACGACGACGACGACGGCGCGGGUGGCAAGCGGCGCCUCUUCCGCUUCAAACCUGCGUUCGACGUCGUGCUCGCGCGCGAAGUCAUCCGCUGCUUCCCGUGGGCGGCAGGCUACGGACGCACGCGAUCUGCGUGGAUGAACGUGGCGGCGCGCGUGCAGUCGACGCUGGAGAGCAUGAAGGGCGUGGCGUUCACGCGGGGGAGCGCGCUGGACCACGCGAUCGUCAAGCGACGCGUCGAUAUGCUGCUGGAAGCGUUUCGGAAGCACGAGAUGUCGAGUUUGCGGGGCUCGGGGACACCCGAGGAGUUUGAUAUGCGUAACAAGCUGCUGGCGAUCUUGACAAGAGUGGUGGACGAGCAAACACUGAACAAGGGAGCGAUGCGUGAGAAGCGCGUGCAGGCGGCACUGCAAGUAGCGCAACACAGUCUGGAAGAGCUGGAAAGUUCGGUUGCUAUGCUGGUACCUUCGUCUGCAGGACUCACGUCGUCGCCUGCUGUCUCGACGCCGCCGACGAUACCAUUGAUGCCGAUCGCGCCAGCACCAGCGUCCACGUCGACUGGUGCCGUCUCUCGAGGCAGUUCCAGUUCUAGUCCCGUACAGCAGACUGCGGCGGUGUCACGCAGUGAUAGCAACAAGCGCUCGUCGCGAACGACGAGUGCGUUUGCUUCUUCUUCUUCGACGCACGAAACAAAGAGGCCUCGGACGGACAAAACUGCAGUGUCAAUGGACGUGGCGCUGGACCUGGAGGAACAAAAGCUGCGUCUCGAAGAGAGGCGCGUGGCCUUGGAAGAAGAACGACUAGCUUGGGAGAAGCAGAAGGCUCAACAGGACGGACAAGAGCGCCAGGCUUUGCUGGACGUGCUGCGUGCGCAGGGCUCCCUCGUGGCAGAGUUGCUCGUGCACUUGAGGACCCCGAAGGAGGCGUUGGAUUCACAUGAUCUAUGA